CUGUGUCUUUUCUGACUCAUACGCUGUGUUGUGUUGCAGGAGUCUGCGUUAAGUGCAACAAGGCGGUGUAUGGAGCCAACCAGGCGUGCCAAGCCAUGGGAAGUCUCUACCACGACAGCUGCUUCACCUGCAGUGCCUGUAGUCGAAGGCUGAGAGGGAAGGCGUUCUACUAUGUCGGAGGGAAGGUUUUCUGUGAAGAGGACUUUCUGUACUCCGGUUUCCAGCAGUCUGCCGACAAGUGCAACGCAUGUGGACAUCUGAUCAUGGACAUGAUCCUGCAGGCUCUCGGGAAGUCGUACCACCCCGGCUGUUUCCGCUGUGUCAUCUGUAAUGAGAGCCUUGAUGGAGUGCCCUUCACUGUGGACACUGAAAAUAAGAUCUACUGUCUCAAAGACUACCACAGGGUCCUGGCGCCUAAAUGUGCAGCCUGUAACCAGCCCAUCCUGCCUUCAGAGGGGUCUGAUGAAACCAUUCGAGUUGUAUCUAUGGACAAAGACUAUCAUGUGGAAUGCUAUCACUGCGAGGAAUGUAAGAUGGAGCUAAAUGACGAGGACGGUCACCGCUGCUACCCUCUGAAUGGCCACCUUCUGUGCCACUCCUGCCACCUGAAGAACAUUGAGCCAGGCUCCUCUUCCAUCGCCACUGCCGCCUCCUACUAACACUACUGUAGGGGGAGGGAGACACCUGGUGCAUAUAUGGAGGAACUGCCAAAGAGUGACUGACAGCAGGAGUGGAUAUGCACAAUUCUUGUUGUAGAGGAUUGAUUAAUGCAGUGCAUCAGAACAUACUGUGGUCUGAUAUGUAUUUUCAUAGGAAUGUUGAUGAAGUUUCCAUUAUGCCUAAAUAGGUUUUGACCCAAUAAUGAAGUAUUGUAGCACACCAAAGCCCUACUUUGAAUGCGGAGAAGCAUUGUGCUAUACCGGCUGCAUACUGACUUGGCAGAUGUUGCCAUAUGAUAUCUUUUAAAUGUAAAUAUCAGUUGCAUUGGCUGUGUAAAUAUCACACUGCUGCUCACUUCAGAAAUUGAUCCAUAAAUCAUCCGGGUUUCUAAUAAGGGUUUUCACAGAAUGUGCUUGAUGCCUGUUGUGCCUUCACAUCAGUUUCUACAUGCAAUAACAACAGCUGGUGUUUAUUUACAUAGAAAUGAACAAAUUGGUGUUAAACAUUAUUUGAAAAAGUCAAAGCAUAACAGUAAUUCCUUCUUUGCUCAAUUUUUCACCAGUGUUACCACUGAGUAGAAAGUAUUCCUUCUUUUCCAGCUGAUAACCAGAGCCAUCACUGUUUCCAUAAUAUUUAAAUUCCAGUAUGCAAUAAAUUAUAUCAAAUAAUACUUUUUUAAAAACACAACCAUUCCAUAGAAAUGUUAAACAAUGCCAUUAUCCUCGAGGUUGCUAUGUGUUAAUAUGCUUAGGGCUUACCAUUUCACAUUAUUAGGACUUUUCUUUUUUUGAUGCAAGAAAGAAUCAGAGAGCCAGCUUUUACUCUUCUCUAAUAAACUGCCAUUAUUUGUCACAUGCAAUCUGCUCUCAGCACUUAAAGACAGGCUUGUGACUUCUCUAUGCACCGAUGAAGAGGUUGAUACUAGGCCUGUAGAUCUGUGUUUUGUUACAUUUGCAAGCAUUGUAUAUUUAAAAAAAGAGAUAUAUUGUAGGCCUAUAUUCAUUUACUUUUGUUUCAUUUUGACUUUUGUGCAGAACCCCUUAAAUACUAAUUUGAUUUGCAGUGGGAAGUGCAGUACUUUACCAUCCAUAUAUUAUUCACGUCUUGAGUUAACUAACUUAAUACUUAAGUUGCUUGUCAUUUGAGGUCCUUAUUUCAUAGCCAGCUGUAGUUACGACAAAGAUCAAACAUAUACAUUGUAUGAUUGUUGUAAAGAAAGUAUUUAAUAAAUGCAUUGCAAUAGGCCAAACUUU